UGUUCGAGCAGAAUACAGAAUAAAUGUGGGGAGCGAUGACUGUGAUCUCUGACAAUCAACUCGCUCUAACUAGAGAACUUUGCUGAAUCUUUGACAUAUAAAAUCGCAGUAAAAACUGGACUGGAAGGAACAAAGUUCUUUUUCUGUCAGAGCACUAUGUAAAAGCUUGUUGUUUUAAGUUGGGCUGCAGUUUGUGGCAAUCGUUUAAAAGGAGCAGCUUUCAAGUGAUCUGGAAACCUGAGGGAUUAUGCUUCCCCCCCCUUCUGAUCUAGAGUGGACAUCUUGGCUUUGAACGUGGAAGAUCUGUCCUUUUCACUGAAAAUAAUUUGAAGCGUUCGCUUUUCGAUCAUGUCUGACUCGAACCUUUGGUCAGUUCUCUCGAACAUCUCUAUGCCUCAUUUUCUAAAUAGAAACAGGUUACGACGGUCUAAAAGUUGUCGCACUAAUAAUAGGAAAAGCCUGAUAGGAAGCAGUCAGUCUGCAGCCCUUCCACGACCUCACUCGCCUCUCCCUGCCCAUUCAGCAGGAAACAGCCCUCAAGACAGCCCGAGAAAUUUCUCUCCUAGUGCCUCAGCUCAUUUUUCCUUUGCUCGAAGGAGUGAUGGGCGUCGAUGGUCUUUGGCUUCUCUCCCAUCAUCUGGAUAUGGCACGAAUACUCCAAGCUCCACUGUGUCUUCGUCAUGUUCAUCUCAGGAAAAGCUGCAUCAGUUGCCAUACCAACCGACUCCGGAUGAACUUCACUUUCUUUCCAAGCAUUUCUGCAGUACAGAUGCCAUCGCCAAUGAUGAGAAACGGAGGCCUCCUGCGAUGCGACCGCGCUCCCGGAGUCUUAGCCCUGGACGUUCUCCAGCAUGCUGUGAUAAUGAGAUUAUCAUGAUGAACCAUGUCUACAAGGAACGAUUUCCAAAGGCCACAGCCCAGAUGGAAGAAAGGCUGCAGGACAUUAUCACUAGCUAUUCUCCUGAUAAUGUUCUUCCACUAGCAGAUGGAGUCCUCAGUUUUGCACAUCACCAGAUCAUUGAGCUGGCACGAGAUUGCCUGGAUAAAUCCCGACAGGGCCAUAUCACCUCGAGAUACUUCUUUGAAUUGCAGGAAAAAUUAGAAAAGUUAUUGCAGGAAGCUCACAAGCGUUCUGAAAGUAAUGAACUAGCAGUCAUUGAUCAAUUGGUCAGGAAAUUACUGAUCAUCAUUGCUCGUCCAGCUCGAUUGUUGGAAUGUCUUGAAUUUGAUCCUGAGGAGUUCUAUCACUUGUUGGAAGCAGCAGAAGGUCAUGCUAAAGAAGGACAAGGCAUUAAAUCCGAUAUUCCCCGUUAUAUUAUCAGUCAGUUGGGCCUUACUAGAGAUCCCUUAGAGGAAAUGGCCCAGUUGGCUAGCUAUGAUAGUGGAACAGCAGAAACUCCUGAAACUGAUGACUCAGUGGGUACCUUUAGCCCUUCAGUUCAGGGGAGGCGAAAGCCACGUGAAAUUGACUUUGAGACCAUGAAGCUGAUCAGUAAUGGAGCCUAUGGAGCUGUGUAUUUGGUUCGUCACAAGGAAACCAAACAAAGAUUUGCGAUGAAGAAAAUAAACAAACAGAACUUAAUCCUUAGAAAUCAGAUCCAACAAGCGUUUGUAGAGAGGGAUAUCCUGACAUUUGCAGAAAAUCCAUUUGUUGUUAGCAUGUACUGUUCCUUUGAAACCAAGCGCCAUUUGUGUAUGGUGAUGGAAUAUGUAGAAGGUGGAGAUUGUGCUACACUGUUGAAAAAUAUGGGCCCCUUACCAGUUGACAUGGCAAGGAUGUAUUUUGCGGAGACCGUCCUUGCUUUGGAAUAUCUGCACAAUUAUGGAAUUGUACACCGAGAUCUGAAACCAGAUAAUUUGCUUGUAACAUCAUUGGGGCACAUCAAGCUGACAGAUUUUGGAUUGUCAAAAGUUGGGUUGAUGAACAUGACAACUAACCUUUAUGAAGGACACAUUGAGAAGGAUGCCAGAGAAUUCUUAGACAAACAGGUUUGUGGAACUCCAGAAUACAUCGCUCCUGAAGUAAUUCUGCGGCAAGGAUACGGCAAACCAGUGGACUGGUGGGCCAUGGGGAUUAUUCUUUACGAAUUUGUGGUUGGAUGUGUCCCUUUCUUUGGAGACACACCUGAGGAGCUGUUUGGCCAAGUGAUUAGUGAUGAGAUAAACUGGCCAGAAGGGGAUGAAGCUCCUGCAUCGGAUGCUCAAGACCUCAUCACUAUGCUGCUCAGGCAGAACCCAUUGGAGAGACUGGGAACAGGUGGUGCCUAUGAGGUAAAGCAGCACAAUUUUUUCCGAGGCUUGGACUGGAAUGGUUUAUUGAGACAGAAAGCGGAAUUUAUUCCUCAGUUGGAAUCAGAGGAUGACACCAGCUAUUUUGACACUCGGUCUGAAAGAUACCACCAUAUGGAAACUGAAGAAGAGGAUGAGACAAAUGAGGAGAAUUUUAAUUUGGAAAUAGGACAGUUUUCAUCAUGCUCCCAUCGGUUUAACAAAGUUUACAAAAGCAUGGACCGAAUCUCUCAUGUUGAUGAGAAAAGAUAUUCUGAAAACAUCCGAGAGGAAAAGGAUAAUGCAGGCGGGAAGCUAAAAAAGGCUAACACGUUGCAUGUUGAUUCAAUUAUUUGGAUUCCCGAUUCUGAAAUGCAACACCUAUCUCUAACUCAAACGUCAAGUAGUGAGAACAGCAACUGUUACCAGCGUUCUGGGAUGCUCCCAAGCUUUGCAAUUUCUGCUGAGGACGAUGAAUCUUUGUCUCAGGAAGAUUCUCACAGGGACCAGGACAAGAUCAUGUUUUCCAUAGGGACAUCUCAGGAUGAGAUUGAUGCAACCACUCCCAGCACCAUCAGCAGCUCAACUCUUUCAGUUGGCAGUUUUUCCGAACACCUGGAUCAGAUUAACACCAGGAGUGACAGUGUGGAAAGUACAGAUAUUUCACCAAAGCCUGCAAGUGACAGUGUCACACAGCUAGCCCGUCAGCGAUUGGAAAGUACAGAGAAAGAACGAACAAGAAAAGUGAUGAAAUCAGCCUCUGCCACUGCACUUUCACUCAUGAUUCCUGCAGAUGUUUUCGGUGCUUCUCCAUUGGCGAGUCCAAUUUCCCCACAUUCUCUUUCCUCUGAUCCUUCAUCGAGAGAUUCCUCACCCAGUCGGGACUCCUCCACGAGCUCUGGAAGUCCGAAGCCUCCUAUAAUUAUCUACAGUUCAGGAAAGAAAUAUGGUUUCACACUCCGAGCCAUUAGAGUCUACAUGGGGGACAGUGAUGUUUAUACAGUCCAUCAUAUUGUUUGGAAUGUUGAAGAAGGAAGUGCAGCUCACACUGCAGGAUUAAAGGCUGGCGAUCUAAUAACACAUGUAAAUAGCGAGCCAGUACUUGGUCUGGUUCACACAGAGGUGGUUGAACUACUUGUCAAGAGUGGAAACAAGGUUGCUAUCACAACCACACCUUUUGAGAACACAUCAAUAAGAACUGGUCCAGCAAGAAGGCCCAGCCACAGAAGCAGGAUGAUGAGGAGGAGUAAAAAAACAAAAAAGAAGGAAGGCCAAGAAAGAAGGCGGUCGCUCUUUAAAAAACUUGCGAAACAGCCCGUUAUACUUCACACUAGCCGGAGUUUCUCCUCACUGAAUCGCUCGCUGUCAUCUAGUGACAGCAUGCCUGGGUCCCCAACACACAGUCUAUCUCCCAGGUCACCAACACAAAGCUUCCGCUCCGCCCCUGAUUUUCAAUCUGGUACAAAUUCUUCACAAAGCAGCUCCCCUAGUUCGAGCGCCCCAAAUUCUCCUGCUGGCUCUGGUCAUGUCAGACCAAGUACGCUUCAUGGAUUGGGUUCAAAGCUAGGUGGGCCAAAAUAUAGAUCGGGCAGACGUAAAUCAGCUGGUAGCAUCCCUUUAUCCCCCCUGGCACGAACCCCUUCUCCAACACCCCAACCAACUUCACCCCAGAGAUCACCGUCACCUCUGCUUGGUCACUCCGUUGGAAGUUCCAAAAUGGCGCAGACUUUUCCUGCUAAGAUGCACUCGCCACCAACUAUAUUAAGGCACAUGGUACGACCUAAGAGUGCAGAACCUCCGAGAUCACCAUUAUUGAAGAGAGUGCAGUCUGCUGAGAAACUGUCUCCCUCUUAUACCUCUGACAAGAAACAAUUGUGUGCUCGUAAGCAUAGCCUUGAAACAUCACAAGCAGAAGGAAGGAAAGAGUCUUUACAGAGAGAUUCGUGUCUACAUAGUUUAGAAGAGAACGCAUUUGAAAUGUCAUCCAUCACCAAAGUUAGACCUGUGGAGCAGGGUUGUCUCAAGCGUCCUGUAGCAAGAAAAGUGGGAAGACAGGAGUCACUCGAUGAAAUUGAAAAGGAGAAACUAAAAGCAAUAGUUGUAAGGAAGAAAAAUUGGAAUGUAAGACGAGAGUCUCUUCAAAAACAAAAUGCUAUACAAGAACCAAACUCUGGACAUGAAAAUGUAGCUCAAGCAUCUGGAGAGAUGGCUGAGUUUAAUUUGAACAUUGCUGACGAUUCUAAGUGUAAUGAGAUUAAAGUGCAAAGUUCAGAUGAACAAUGCAUCACUGCAUCUGGCCCACUGGUUUCUUCUUGUAAAACACUAGGUACAAGCUCUAAUGACAAUGACGUCCCAAUGGUGUUGCAAACCACUAACCCUGGUUCAGAAGUUGGAAGUUGCAUAUCAACUCCUAGUGUACCUAACCCUAAGAAAAUCGCACAAUCCUCAAUCCCUUCCCUGGAGGUGGAGACAUUCUCUGGUAAGGAAGGUGAUGCAGAGUGGACUCGAAAACACUCCACUGCAGAAACAACUGUUUGUGAAAGGUUGGAAACCAAGACUUCAAAUGUCGAUGUUUUAGGAAGAAAAGUAUGUGACAAAGAAACUAAUAAUAGUAAGGCUUCAUCAGAUAUGUUCAAGAGCUCACCUGCCCACAACACUCAGCCAAAGACACUAACACCUUUGAUUAAAGAAGAAUCCUUAGUUGUGAAGAAAAACAAUACAUCAGCAAGUAACGCAUGCAUGGCUCACGGUCAUUUAAGGUCAACCCCAUCAGACUCUUCCAAGAUAGUAACUGGAAUGGCUCAAGUUGCUUUGGACAAACCGCAGUUAGGUUUAAUGACUGAAAAUGUUAGCAGGCAAAUAACUGAAUGUAAGAUGGAUGGUAGAUCUAUCUUAAGCCUAAAGCCACUGGAAGGCACCCUUGAUAUUGCUUUCUUGUCAGGUCCGAGUACAUCAAAGGCAGAGAAAUCUGCAAAGUCUGAUCAGAGUUCAUCAGUAAAGAGCACGUUAUGCCAGAAGCCUAACCUCAAUAAUAAUGCACAACCAUCUCUUUCAAAAAACACAUCUGCUGACUGUGGCAAGACAGAUGAAACAAAGAAUGUUUCUCCAAGCUUACUACUUCAUCGUUUGUCUGUGGAGGCCAUGCCAGUUGGUGAAAAACCUGAGUCAAAGGAGAGCAGUUCACCCUGCUCAAUAAUGGAGAGAAGCUGUGAGACCAAGUGUAGUCCCGGAUCUACACCUCAAAGUGCAAGCGCAGAAGUAUGUGCAUCAACUGAGAGAAACGACACCACAGACUUGAAGGGAAAUAAGCAAGUUUGUCAUUCAAAAUCAUGUUCUGUAAAGAAAGGGAACACUUGCAAAGAUCCCCCAUCAAAGUUGUCCUCUGUGCAACAUCUUUCUCCUGGUGGUACCCAUCUGGAAGUGGACACAAGCAAACAGAAACAAUGUCUGAAGGAAGCUGUGCAGGACAGGCAACCUAAGAAUUCAUAGCAGGUCACAAUGGAAUGUUUUAGUGCAGUGAAAAUGAGGGCAAAAUAGCAAAAGGUAUAAAUAAACUGUGGUUUCCCUCACUUAUAAGCAUGGCAGUAUCUGUUCUCAAUAACUAAAGUUACUAUCUUCACUAAAGUUUGUUCCCCGACCCCCCCACUACCCGACCUCACUUCUCUCCCUUUCUCCAAUUGCUUUGUUUAUAAUGAUGAAUUGAAAUGUUCUGGUAUUUAUACAAGAUCACUUGAAUGUCUGAAAUAUUGUGCGUAGAAAGGGUUUUUCUUGUGUAAAUAUAAUGUAAUAAAUGGCUCCCACAGCUUUGGGGAAAAGCAUUUGCAGACAUAAUUUAACAAUGAAGAUAUCUAGCACACUCCUUGUCCUCUGUGGUAACAGGAAUAAAUGUUCAUUGUGUGGUUAAAAAGUGGUGAUGUUAUUUCAUCUGUAACAAUAUUUCACAUGAAAGCCCCCUUAGUGGCAUUUAAUAAAAAUUGCUGUAUAAAUGGAACAUUUGUGUAGCUAUGGGAAAGCUUGCUGUUUUUAGCAGGUAAAGCUAAAAUUUACAUUCCGUUUGAAUGCAUUGAGUGGCUUUGUACAUUUCAAAUAACAUCAUUUCAUUCAUGAGGAGAAAUUGUGCAAAAUACAGAAAAAGGUUUGUUUUUGUUCCAAAAGGAAUGCGAUCCAUUGGAGUCAGUGCCGAAUGAUUUUUUUUUAAAAAUAAAUUUUGCUCAGCCUUUAUUUAUCUGAUUCUGUGUAAGACAAAAACAGGCUUUGGUGUUUUCAUUUUGGUUGAAAUAAUCAGGAAUGCAAAGGCAGAAUCGCAUCACAAUGUUGAAGAGAUUUGGGCAUGUAUUACUUGGUUGAGAAAAAUCCCAAUAAAGAUGUCAUCUUCUAUUCUGCAACCUUCAAACAAAGUCUGUCUGUGCUCUUUGCUAGUCAUAAAGCAUAUUAAACACUUGUUUACAAAUGUAUCAGAGGUGUAAAUAACUAUAUGGCAAUUUAAUGUUUGCCAAACGUAUGUGUGGCAUUUUGGAAACCUCACAGGUAUUUUGUUUGUAUAUGUACCAAUUUAUGUUUUUGUAAUAAUGUACCAACCAAGUGUUGAACAUGUGAAGAAUGUUGGGCUGUGUGGAAUCUGGUUUUUAUGUUCUGUUGUGGUGCAGGUGAAGUCAGGUGUGUGCUGUAUCUGUUGGCUUGGAGUACUCACUGUAGUUGGACUGAUGCUUAAAGCAAUGGUUUGAAAUAUGCUGUCAGAACUGUGCAAUAAAAAAAAUUGUUUGCAGCUUCUGUGUUUUGUU